CGUCGCCACCUGACACUUGUAAACAAUGGCGGUGACAGUACGGUCAGCUGUUGGGGUCCUUCUUCCCAUAUUUUUGAUAGGUAUUUUCGCCAGACUGCCUCUGGUUACCUGUGAAAAUAACCAGCUUGAAGUCAUGCAGGAACAAGAAUUGAGACAGUUUAUUGCAGACGAGGACUACGUGGUGGUUCUGUUCAGUAAUGCUGGCGACUGCACAGGAAGGUGUGAGGAACUGGAAGAUACCCUUACCUCCAUCAGGGAAGAUGUAGUAGAGGCACUUAAUGCUUGGGUGGUACGCACUCAUUCUCCAACCCUCUCCACUGAAUAUGGUCUCAACACAAAGAAAACAGGUGACAUAAUAUUUGUGAGGAAAGGUGUUCCACUCCUGUACAGCGGCCCUGCAGAUGAUGAUGAGUACUUGCUGCACUACCUCAUCACCAACCCAGAGUCCUCCAUUCACACCCUGACUGAUGUCAAUUUUGAGCACCUGACUCAGGCUGCAACUGGAGCCACAACGGGAGACUGGCUGGUUAUGUUUGUUCGGGCAGACUGUGAUUCAUGUGUCCAGCUGCAAUCUACAGUUGAAGCUGUCGCUGCUGUGCUGAAGAACAAGAAAAAUGUGGCAGUAGUUGACCGUGAUGACCAAGGAGGCCAAACCACACGCAGGUUUGGAGUGAAGACAUUCCCCUCAUUCAUACUGUUCCGGCAAGGUCGCCUGUACCGCUACAUGCUGCCAGCAGUGGAUGCUACCACUCUGAUACACUUUGCCUCCGAUGGCUUCAGAAAUGCUCGGGCAGAGAGUAUUCCUCAUCCCAAGACACCUUUUGAUGAUUUUACUGAAUGGUGUGCUGACUGGCUGCGAGAAAACCCAGAGAAAGCCUAUCUGGGAGUGGGGAUCCUGGCCGUGUUGGUUGCAGGAGCAGUGUUCUGCUGCGUGCGGUCUUCAAGACAAGCUGCUGCCGCAGCAAACAAAAAGGCAAACAAGAAGAAAAAGUAAUUGAGAGAAGUAUGUAUUUGACAAGCCAGGGAUUAGUAGCACUAAGAUGUUAUUUAUUGUGAUAUGAAGUGAAUGAUGUUACUGGAUGUCCACGGUGUCAAUCUAUGAGUACAUGGCAGAUUGUUGUAUGGAAAGGAGCCCUUUGUACUUUUUUACAAGUAGAUCAGCUGUGAUCGUCAGAUUUUAGACAAAUGUGGAAGUCACUGUAAUGCACAUUUUGAUACAUAAACAUUUCAUUUGUGAUGAGUUCAUAUAUAGUUUUUGUGUGUGUCAUAUACAUAUGGAGAAAGGAAGCCACAUAUUGAUAUUCUGAUGCAUGUAUUCAUUUUUUACCCCUUACCAUUUCAAAGCAUUUAAUUUCAAUGAAGCCUUAAUGUAAAGAGAAUGCAUCUUAUAAUAUAACAUGCUGUACAAAUAGUGUUGGCCUUCAUGUUGUCUUUUCAUUUAUAUGCUUGAGAAUGAAUGAUACUUUUAUCCAGUUCACAAUAUUAACUGACAGGUUUUCUCACCAAAUUAGUCUUUUAUUCAGCAUCAACCACAGCUAAAUAACAGUCAGUAGUUUUCAUUGUGUAAUCACCUGACAAAUGCAUAAACAGUGCUGGUCUCUGGCAACAAAACUCUGUAUUAAUUCUUGUCUGAUAUUGAGAAAAUAACCAAAUUAACUAAUGGAGUAAAUAUCCUGCACUAGUAAUGUAUAUAAAGUCUGCAUUUAUUAUUGCUUAUAACUCAAUAUAUUAAAUGGAAUGGAUAUAAUUAUAGAAAAGAAAAGGUUGGCCUCCUUUCCAGAAAUGAAUAGAUUAAAGACACGGCUGGGCACAAUAACAAAAAAAUUUACCUUGAGAACUGAUUAGUUAAUAACAAAAACCUUAUUGGUGAUAGCCAAUAGUCAAUAACUGGCAAUAAAUUUGUUGCCUAAAAAUCAAUAACUGUUAAAUCUCAUUAUUAUUUAUUUGCCUCUUAUCAAUGUGUGCUCAGACAGGUUUGCCCAUCAGUCAUGCAGUCUCUCUCUCUCUCUCUCUCUCUCUCUCUCUCUCUCUCUCUCUCUCUCUCUCUCUCUUAAAGAUCAAUUUUCAUACAGUAAAAUACUUGUAUUGAUGUGUUUUUUUGGGGGGAAUUUUCACUUUCCUUUCAGGUGGAGGAAAUUAUUAAAAGUUCUAUUUUUUGUAAGGAAUAUAUGCAUUUCCCUAUCCAUGAUCUAUAUAACUCCUUUGGGACAAAUUAUAGUACUAAGAUAUCAUGCAGUUGAGGAAAAUGGCAACUGCACUAUCACCAAAAUAAAGACAUUGCCUGACA